CCUUUUUCCUUACUCAAUCGUCGUCUAGUUCUGGGAAAUCAUAUCAGAUGAGCAUGGUAUCGAUCCAACCGGUCAUUACCACGGCGAUAAUGACCUCCAGCUGGAGCGGAUCGACGUGUACUACACGGAAGCUAAUGGGAACAAAUACGUACCGCGUGCCGUCCUGGUCGACUUGGAACCGGGUACGAUGGACUCGGUACGACAGUCUCCGUAUGGAGCUCUGUUUCGACCAGAUAACUUUGUCUAUGGACAAUCGGGAGCAGGAAACAACUGGGCCAAGGGUCACUACACAGAGGGUGCCGAACUGGUCGACAGCGUACUGGAAGUGAUACGCAAAGAAUCAGAAGGAUGCGACUGUCUUCAGGGAUUCCAGUUGGCACAUUCACUCGGUGGAGGAACCGGGUCAGGUAUGGGAACACUACUCAUAUCGAAAAUACGCGAAGAGUACCCGGACAGAAUUAUGAACACAUUCUCCGUUGUACCGUCACCGAAGGUUUCGGACACUGUCGUAGAGCCGUACAAUGCCACCCUGUCCAUCCAUCAGUUGGUCGAAAAUACCGACGAGACGUUCUGUAUCGAUAACGAAGCGCUCUACGAUAUCUGCUUCCGCACGUUGAAGCUUACAUCACCGACGUACGGUGAUCUGAAUCAUCUAGUCUCUAUAACUAUGUCCGGUGUGACUACGUGUCUACGUUUCCCCGGUCAGCUAAAUGCGGACUUGCGGAAGCUGGCUGUCAACAUGGUUCCAUUCCCUCGGUUACAUUUCUUCAUGCCCGGUUUUGCCCCUCUGACGGCCAAGGGCUCCCAGCAGUACCGAGCGCUCAGCGUACACGAACUGACCGCCCAGAUGUUCGACGCAAAGAACAUGAUGACGGCGUGCGAUCCCAGGCACGGUCGCUAUCUGACCUGUGCUGCCAUCUUCCGAGGUGUUAUGUCUAUGAAAGAAGUAGACCAGCAGAUGUUGAACAUACAGAGCAAGAACAGCAGCUACUUUGUCGAAUGGAUCCCGAACAACGUGAAAGUCGCUGUGUGUGACAUCGCACCGCGCGGCCUCAAGAUGUCGGCCACGUUCAUCGGAAACACCACUGCCAUUCAGGAGAUAUUCAAACGCAUCUCCGAACAGUUCACGGCCAUGUUCAGACGGAAGGCCUUCUUGCACUGGUACACCGGCGAGGGCAUGGACGAGAUGGAAUUCACCGAAGCCGAGUCCAACAUGAACGAUUUGAUUUCGGAGUACCAACAGUAUCAGGAAGCGUCCGUCGAUGAGUAUGAAGAUGGUGAGGAGGUACCGGAAGAAGAAGAGCAUAUAGUGGAGUAAGAGUACAGUUUUUCUGCACAGCUUCAACAGACAUACGUUGCCUGAGAACCAAGGCGCGGAGAAAUGUGUUCCAUAUAUUAUUUUACUGAAACUAAAGUCCCUACAAAAAAAUGUUAGAAAAUGGUAUUUAAACUUGUUACAAAUAAAUAUUGGCAAUUUUAAAACAAAACCAAAAA